AUGGUUACGUUAACCAUUACGAAACCUCAUGGUGUUAUCACUCUCUCUGUCUAUGACCCAGAAAAGGCCUGUUCGUAUGAUUUGCCACCCAUACCAGAGAUGGUAGAUGGGUUGCCGAUGUUUAGCCAGAUUAUUGAAGUCGGGUCGGAUUUAAUGGUGAUUGGCGGUUUCGACCCAGUUUCUUGGAGGGUUUUGGAUUCUGUUUUCAUCUACAACUUCAAAUCCAUGUCAUGGCGUCGCGGGGCCGACAUGCCAGGUCAGCAGAGGUUACUUUUCGGAUGCAGUUCGGAUUCGGAGAAGAUGGUCCUUGUCACCGGCGGACAUAACGAUGACAAGAAUGUUGCACUAAGAUCGGUUCUGUUGUACGACGUUGAAAAAGACAAGUGGAUUGUGUUGCCAAAUAUGGUCAUGGAACGAUAUGAAUGCAAGUGUAUUCUUACCGAAGGUAAUUUCCACGUCAUUGACGGUUAUACUACGUGUACGCGAGGUCAUCACUUUCAGCAAAGUGCUGAGUUGUUUGACUUUGCCACGUCACAGUGGUGUAUCAAGGAUAACUUCUUUCCAUAUAUCAUGUAA